AUGGGAUGGUGCGAUUGCACAGGAUUUGUUCGAGCCGUCGAACUGCACAGCGGCGAUGUGCUGGAAUCGACAGCGGUAGGUCGGGCCGUCUUUGUGCCUUGGAGGUGGCUAUGCCGAGGAGAAGAUUCUGAGGACGGACGUAUCUUUGAGGUGGCAGCAUUCUGCCCACGUCCUCACAUCGUCCGUCCAGACGACGAUCUUUGUUUUGUGUAUUCAAGCAUGGAGAUGACCGCAGAAGGCCCCCUUGAACGCUCUCCGUUCGGCCGUAAUCGCGCCAUGUCACUGAUAGAAAGCGAUUCGUCGGAAUUGUUCAGCGAUGAGCAGGCGAUCAAGAAUUUCACCUAUCUGCCAAAAGACUUCCACUUCGAGUUACCCGCCGAUUCGGCCUUUUUUUACAACGACGGAAGCGAGCGCCCAGCCACCAUGCGUGCGAUUCCUGUUUAUCCGGACCAGGAUUCGAGUUCUGCAGCGAUUCUACAGCUCUACUCGCUCUGGCAAAUUCUGGUCCCAAAUUCGGCCACCCGCAAUUUCGAAAAUCGCUGA